CUGUGCAAUAACAGAAGGGGCUAAAUUGCCAAGUAGUUGUUACACUAUCCGCCAGUUGAUGGCAGUAAUCUGCCGUGGAGGAAAAGGAGAAAGACAAAGAAGAAGAAAAAGGAAGAUGUCGAAGACCUGUAUUAACAUGCGUCGGUGUCACUCACUACUAAAGAUCUGUGUGUCCGUUUACGGCCAGCGUUUCCUACAUGGGGCUCGUAGCAGUUUGUACGAUCAUGUCCUUAAAGGCUACAGCUUCAAGCCUGAAAUUGACAUGAGAGCAGUGUGUGAAGAGACUGACAAAGUCAUAGCUAAUGUGGAGAACAGGAAGGGCGACCUGCGAGCCGACGAUGUCAGAGAAAUUGUAUGUGUAUGGCAGCAGCUUCAGAGAGUGAGGACAGAAAUCUCUCAGUUUGAGUCCCAAAAGAGACAAAUUAGUGACACGGUCAAAACACUUGUGAAGAGCAAUGACAAGAAUGAACUGGCUAAUCUCCAGGAAUACGGCCAGGCUCUGCAGGAGGGUCGAAAGAUUCGGAUGAGAUUAGGUCAGCUGUACGCCAAAGAGACCGAGCUGGACCGUGAGCACUACAAUAGAGCACUGAGACUUCCCAACACAACGCACCCUGAUGUGCCAGUUGGAGAUGAAAGUAAGGCUAGGUUGGUGGAGUUGGUGGGACACAAACCAGAGUUUGACUUCAAGCCCAAGAACCAUGUAGAGCUAGGAGAGGAGCUGGGUCUGAUAAGACAGCGAAAUUUGUCUCACAUCUCAGGCCACAGGACAUACUAUCUGAGGGGAGCAGGGGCCAGGCUUCAAACUGCUCUCCAAAACUUUGCAUUGGACAGACUGUGCCAACGGGGCUUCAUUCCCAUGGUAGUUCCGGACAUGCUCAAGGGGGCAGUGUUUGAAGGCUGCGGAAUGGAGCCAAACGCUCACCAGUCACAGGUCUACUCUUUGAACCCCACUCAGUUCCCAGACCUCAGUCUGGCUGGGACUGGUGAGGUUGGAGUAGCAGGCUUUUUCAUGGAUCAUGCAGUGACCUUGAAGGAUUUGCCAGUCAGGACAGUGUGCAGCAGCACCUGCUACAGAGCAGAGACCGACACGGGCAGAGAGACAUGGGGCCUAUACAGAGUUCAUCACUUUAACAAGGUUGAAAUGUUUGGCGUGACAGCAAAUGAAACAGGAGAAGAGAGUUUUCAGCUGCUGGAGGAGUUUGUGUCUUUUCAGAAAGAGUUGUUCUCUGACCUGGAAUUGCAUUACAGGGUGCUGGAUAUGCCCACUCAAGAACUGGGUCCUCCUGCUCACAGGAAGUAUGACAUUGAAGCCUGGAUGCCAGGGAGAAACAGUUAUGGAGAGAUUACCAGCGGCUCCAAUUGUACAGACUACCAGAGCAGACGGCUCAACAUCCUUUAUGAGCGAGAGGAUGGCAGCCUGCAUUACGCCCACACUGUGAAUGCUACAGCGUGUGCUGUUCCCCGCACCAUUAUUGCCCUCUUGGAGACUCAUCAAACCAAAGAAGGGACAGUGCGUGUUCCUAGAGCUCUGCAACCUUAUUUGGGACUAGAAAUGAUUGAGAAACCAACUUACAGUGCACUGAAGUAUAUUGGACCAAACCAACAGAACCCCCCACCCAGACCUGCUCCGACCACCAGAUAACACUCAGCAGAUAAUCUCUGAAUACAAUUCCCUUCUAUUGUGUAUUUAUUAAAUUUUGA